CAGUGACGCGGGGACGGCGCCCAGCGUGCUGACGUAAGGCACGUUGCGCGGGAACUGUCGACAUGGAGACGGCGAGCGGCGCGGACCCGGAGCCGGCAGAGUCUGAGGGGCCGAGCGGCAGUGCGGCGGGACCGAGCGCACCAGCUGCGCCCACGUACGAGCUACCCUGGGUUGAGAAGUACAGACCUUUGAAACUGAACGAAGUUGUCGGGAAUGAAGAAACAGUCAGUCGACUGGAGGUCUUCGCAAGAGAAGGAAAUGUACCAAACAUCAUUAUUGCAGGCCCUCCUGGGACUGGAAAAACAACCAGCAUCUUGUGCUUGGCUCGGGCACUUUUGGGUCCUGCAUUAAAGGAUGCUGUUCUUGAACUCAAUGCUUCAAAUGACCGAGGUAUUGAUGUGGUUAGAAACAAAAUUAAAAUGUUUGCCCAGCAGAAGGUUACGUUACCAAAAGGUCGUCACAAGAUCAUCAUCCUGGAUGAAGCAGACAGUCUUACUGCUGGCACCCAACAAGCCCUAAGGAGGACAAUGGAGAUUUUCUCUAAAACCACACGUUUUGCACUGGCAUGCAAUGCUUCAGAUAAAAUCAUAGAACCUAUCCAGUCUCGUUGUGCUGUUCUACGUUACACAAAGCUUACUGAUGCCCAGGUCCUUACACGACUAAUGCAGGUGGUUGAGAAGGAGAAUGUCCAAUACACAGAUGAUGGACUAGAAGCUAUCAUCUUCACAGCACAAGGAGACAUGAGACAGGCUUUGAACAACUUGCAGUCAACACAUUCAGGAUUUGAGUUUGUGAACAGUGACAAUGUUUUCAAGGUGUGCGAUGAACCUCAUCCUCUCCUGGUAAAAGAAAUGAUUCAGCACUGUGUUAAUGCAAACAUUGAUGAAGCAUAUAAGGUUGUUGCUCAUCUUUGGAAAUUGGGCUAUUCACCUGAGGACAUCAUUGGCAACAUUUUCAGAGUCUGUAAAACGUUCCAGAUGCAGGAGUACCUGAAACUGGAAUUUAUAAAGGAGAUUGGAUACACUCACAUGAGGAUUGCAGAAGGAGUGAAUUCCUUGCUACAAAUGGCUGGGUUACUCGCUCGACUUUGUCAAAAGACUGCAGCUCCACCUGCAAGUUGAUCCAUGAGUCAUAAUCUCCAGGUUGCUUUUGUUUAUAAAGGCUUGUAUGUGAAAUGAAUGCAUACUGUCAUUAGAUGCACAUGAUCACUCUUCAUGUAUUUUCAGCAUUGUGUAGAUCAUCAGCUCGUAGCUUUUUCUGGAACUUUAAAAAAAAACUUUAAUAAAUGGAACAAUCAAUACUCACCAAAUUGGUCACGUUGAUUUUGGAAACAUUUUCAGACCAAGGUACUACUUGGCAUUCAUUUUUGCAAAAUGUUUGAAGAUCGCUAAUUUUUCUACUUGAGACAGUGGUUGCAGUUUGCAGCAUGGAUCAUUUUAGCACUGCAGUCUUGAUGUUUCAACAUAGAUAGGAUCUGCAUUUGUGGGUUAAGGCAUAGAAGAUGUACAUCAGAGUGUAUUGGUUUUAAAGGUCAUGUGAGCCUCAGUAGUCGCGCUGCAGUCUGCAAAUAAUGCUCACGUUAGCACAAGCUUGGAAGUCGAGCUUACUGAAGCGGACAAGAGGAUGGGCCUUGCAGUCAAUCUGGAAGGUAAUGGGCUUCAAACAACUUGCCCCUGUGGUGUUGCACUGCCAUCUGACAAUAAAGAUUCAUGAUAUUACCUAAGAAUACAUGCACCACUUUCCAUAUUACAGGAUGUCAAGAUCUCAACACUGGUACAAAAGUUAUGGACUACCAUGUAGCAUUGAUCCUGGCCCUUAUAAAUGCUUCAGAGCCUCAAGGUGCUGGAGAGACACAGCAAAUUCACAAGAGGAAUGAGUGACCAGUGUCCGUGUUCUAUCCCAGGCAUUCAGGUCCUCGAUACACUUGGUGACUACACCACUAAGACCAUAUUGUUUGCAUGACUAACACCAAAAUCUCAAAACGGGCUCUGUACUCCAAGCACCAUAAUGAGAAGAGAUUAUCAUUUGGUCAGAACACCGGAAUCAAGAGAAAGAGUUCAAAAUCCCUGCUGAUUCCUGGGAAAUACUGGUUUCUGACCACUCGAAGGGAAGAAGGAGCAUUCAGGAUUGUGUGGAGAACCCCUCGGCCGUGCAUCAGGAGAACGCAGUAACCAAGAAUAAACAGCAGCUGUGCACCAAUGGGUCAUCUAACGACCCAUCCACCUGCCUUACCAGGCACCUCUUGCCCCAUCUGUGGAAGUGCCUACAGUUUUUAAUCAACUACCUUUAAACUUACAAAACUGGAGUAGAAGCACAUCAUCAUUGAUCCCAAACACAGCCCAAAUGGAGGAGUAUUUAAUCUGCAUGCAUUCAUUUCCAUUGCGGUAAUAGAGAAGCCACAAAAUGUGGAUAUGAAACAAUGGAACUGCGUUGAGUCCAGUUUUAAUAGAAGAUCCUGGGGGGGUGGAAGAUUGCAACCUUCACGUGGUCCGCCCUGUUUCGACGAAUGCAAUCAACCCGGCGUGCACAAUCAAAUAAGAUCAAAUAGAACAAGUUGUCCUACAACUUUAGGCUGUGCACGCCAUACGCAAGAAGAAGAAGAAGGAGAUCCUGGCCUAUUUCAUGAGUGGUUUCUAAUCUGUUAGAUCGGAACCCUUUCACGUCUUAACCUAAGCCUAUUUCUUGGUUGAGUGCUUAAAAUUUUGAUUUCUUGGCUAAUAAGAUUUAUUGCAGACAAUUGCUUAUGACUAUUUCUUUACCAAUCCAGCUAUUUAUGAAAUUAAGUUCAUGAUUUAGGGUAAUUAACAAUGACUUGGCAGAUUUCCACAUAUCAUUGCUUUUGUUUACUUCUAAAGACCUGAUUUCAAUUACAGCUUGAAAAAGGCCUCUUGUGUAAUUCAGUGCCUCUUGAGACCUCUUAAAUUCCUGGCAAAUCUGCAUGCUCGAUUGCAUGUCUUCACAGUCAUGACCAAUCUCUGUGGAAAUAAGCACGUGCUGAUGGGUCCUUUAACCAGUAAAUAUGUUAAAGAUG